CUUCAUGGGAUCAUUUUCAAGGUUGGCCACUCCCGUCCGUUUGUCCCUAGUCCCCCGGAUGAGAGGAUGUACGGGGGCAUCCGGCCCAAUAGGUAGCAAAGGGGCUUGUGGCAAUGGAUUGGUUGGUCACUGGAUGAGCAUCGCGGUGCACGAGCGAGGAGUUGCUCGAUGCAAAUAAUGAGUUGUUUGGCUUAGCCUCAAAUCAGCUAUGGAUCAGCAGUUGAGGGCUUCGUACGUUACAUAGGUAUCGAGCUUAUGUGUAGUGCAGUCAUCCCAGCAACUUUUGAAGUUCGUGCGGCCCGGGCAGGGUAGAUGCCGGUGACGGGAGAGGACGAUCACGGUUUCAGGGGGCGGUGAUCGAAGAGGUUCAAGAGCGCAG